UGUUCUGUUUAGGAUUUUUUUUUCUUCUUUUUCUGUUCUUGGAGACUCAUAGUGAAGUUGACCUAGGAAGAAGAAACGGCGCAAGGAUUACGUCCAGAUCCGGAAGCAGAUUUGCGGCGGUGUCCGAGGCGGCGAAAGAUGCAAAGGCCGCCACCCUAGCAUCUGCCACGGCCGCCCACGCCCGUAAGCCGGACAGUGGCUGCGGCGCCGCCUCCGCCUCCGCCGCCCCCGCCGGCAUGUGGCAGUGCGAGGGCUGGCUGCUGGGCCGGCGGCCGCUCAGCGGCGGGCCCGUCGACGCGGCGUCGCUAGCGCGUCUGGUGCGCUCGCUGGGCCCCGCCGCCCCGCGGCCGCAGCGGCGCCCCCCGACGCUGCUGCGCUGCCGCGACGACCGCCUGGAGCUGGCGGCGCGCCACGACGACGAGGGCUUCGAGUCGGACGACGACUCGCGCUCGCUCGCCUCCGACGACACGGCCGUCAGCAACUCGUCGUCCUGCUGCUUCGUCGACGACCACGUGUACCGGCGCGGCGCCGCGGGGGCGGGGGCGGGCAAGGCUGGCGGCGUCCCUCCGCCCCCGCGGCCCGUGCCGCCCCCGGGGGUUGCGGGCCCGCUCGCCUCCACGUCGUCCACGACGUCGGACAGCGCCAACAGCAGCGGCGCCUCCGACACGGACGAGGCGGACCACCAGCCCGCGGCCGCCGGCUCGGUGGCGGCGCUGGUGCAGUCGCUGUCGCUCUACCACGCGUCGUCAAGGCGCCCGGCGCCGCCCCCGCCGCCUCCGCCGCCGCCCCACGAGCCGGAGAGCAUCCCCGUAGCGGACGUGGCCUUCUGCCACACGGACCCCGCGCUGCCGCGCGUCGCCGUCUGGGUGGUGCGUCGCCGUCGCUCCGCCUGGGCAGCCGCCGCGUCCGACGACGCCGCCUCCCAGGCACCGGCGGGGCUCGAGGCCAUCGUCUUCGAGACCAACAACGAGCGGGCUCUGCGGAAGCUCUGCAACCAUUUCCAGGAGGUGAGCAGAAGACUGAAGCUGGACCAGUACCGGCACCCGCACCGGCGGAAAGAGGGCGUCGCGGCGCUGGGCCGGCCGCCGGCCUACUCGUCGAUGGCUCAGCCCUCGCCCUCGCCCUCCUCUUCGUAUUCCUCGUCCCCGUCUCCCUCGCCGGUGGGCAAGCAGGCGGCCGUGUCCCUGUCCUCCGGCAUCUCCAGCAGCAGCAGCGUCAGCACCAGCAGCGGGGGCAGCGCCAAGUCCCAGCAGAGGGUGGAGCCGGCCAGAGUCUCCCCUCACCAGCAACAGCAGGUCUUCAAGCGACUGGAGGCGCCCGCCGUGGUCGCCAGGUUCAACCUGCUACAGAGGACCGACGGCGAUGGAGUCACGCACCUAGAGGUGGCCAGGGACACGCCGCUGCAGGAGUCGCAGCCGGCGCCCGGCCGCGGCGGCCCGUCGGCGGCCUGUGGUCCGUCCAGCAUCAUCAGCCUGAGCACGCCGGAAGCGCCGGCGCCGUCCCCCGCCGUCCCCGCCGCCUCCGGCAAGCAACGGCCCAUCCUGGUGUUGGGCCCGCGCUCCGACCAGCUGGAGGCAGCAGAGCUGCGCAAAGUGUGGAGCCCCCGGCCGCCACCCAGCCCCCCGCCGCCCCCGCAGCGGCCCGAGCGCCGCCGCUUCGCGCGCAAGAGCCACAAGGCGCCCGCACCGCCCCCGCCGCCGUCGCCGUCUGCGCAGCAGCAGCACCCACCCUCAGGCGGCUCCAAGGGGGAUCGCAACAAGGUGCUGCGCGGGCAGCUGGUGUCUCCCAGCAGCGCGUGGCCGCAGUACACGGUGGUGCGCGGGGGCGCGUGGUGCGCCCAGCCGCAGGCGCAUGCGCAGCCGCGCAGCCGCAGCAAGUCUCCGCCGAGGCCGAGGCGCGCCGCGGCCGCCGCAGCCGCCAGCAGCCGCUACGCCGAGGCGGCCAGGUUCCUGGGAGGCCUGUCGCAGCGGCUGCGCGACGCCGUGGGGGGCGGCGGCGGCGGGGGCGGCCACCCCCAGCACCAGCAGUGCUCGCUGUACGGCACGGCGGCGCGCCGGCGCAGCACGCCCGACGUCUUCCGGUCGGCGGAGAACUUGCUGGCCGGCGCCGGCGGACACCGCCUCAAGUCCGUCAUCAAGAAGGCGCGCCGCCCCGACUGCCGCGCCGAGCCCAAGAAGGUCACCUUCAGCGCCUACGCCACCGUCCAAGUCGUGGACUAAGCCCCCCGCUCUUUCGUCGCCGCCGACAACGUGCGCCGUGAAGCGAAAUACAAAAACGAGAUGCGGCGUUCCGCGCUGUUUACUCAGCUACCAGGGGGUAAAAAUUAAUGCUGAUGAAUAUUUCCCGUCCUUGCGUGAGGAUACGAUCUUAUAUAUAGUGAUGAUCACUAAAUUUGCCCAUCGUAAAGGCUGGCACAAUAGAGCUCUGUCGAAGAACGGAAGACAAACGUAAAUUAAGACGCACCAGUGCUCAAAUGUGUCAUAUAUUUAAUUUAAAAACACAACAUAUUUCAACAACACACGAUCCCACUAUCAAGCACUAGAAAAACGUGACGUAUGGUGGCGAUUCUAAAGGAAUGUGUUAUAGCACACCACGUAUUUUUAUGUGAAAAUGGAAAAAAAUAUAUAGGAACCAUAUCCAUUUUUCUGAAGGCUUACAUAUUGUCCAUGUUCCUCUACCGAAGCAGGUAAUUUGCCAUCGGAACAGGAUGCCACAGUCAUUGUUCUGAAUUCCGGUCGUAUUUGCUAGACAAUUAGAUGCCCUAAUAUCAGAAAUAAUACCAAGCACCUGCAGCAGACCGUUUUCAGUCGUCUUUAUAUUACGCCAAAUAUAACAGAACAGAGGCAGUUUUAAUUAUUAUACAUUAAUUAACUCAAAAUCGUUUAGAGGGAUUGAAUGAUGGAUGACAGCUUUGUAUAUAAAAGAGUGUAAAAGCCAAUCUCAUCUGCAGUAUUGUUUUUGAUAUGUGGAAGUAACUGUUAUUGGAGUAGAAACCUUGAACACUCUUUCCAAGUAGCGUGGUCACUCUUCCCGAUCAGUCACCUUGUCAGCAGUAGUUUUUCACAUAGCAAACCAUCACACUGAAAGAAGCAACAAAGAACCUUAUUUGUAGCCCAAAUCACUCAUAUUGUAAAAAAAAUAUUAUUCAACAUAUAAAUGAGAUAACAAUAACAACAUAAAUGACUUACCUUAUAUCAGACAACUGAAAAUUAGAAAAAAUUUUAUUCAAAAAUAGUAGGACAAGCUUCCUCUGUCAAACUGAAGAUGUAUGUUACAUCUUGUCUGACCAGUUCUCAGCAGGCAGCAGCACUUUUCGUGGGAAAAAAUUUGCAUUGGGCUAUUUUUCCAUGCAGGCCACUUUAUCCCACAUUCCUCUACGCCAUUAGGCAUAAUCAAAAGUAAACAAAUGGCAGACAUUAACUGCCACACAUGUAAAACUAUUAUGUAUUAUGUAUUAUGUAUUAUCAUAUCAUUGUGUAGUGUUCAUAAUUACUGUUGGCACUAAUAGAGUUUGCUUCUUGAUGGGAUUGUGUCUUUCAGAAACACAUGCCUCCAAAUAAAUUUAAUUACACAUUUGGACAACUGGUGUGUCAGAAACUCCUUAUCAAUCUCAUGAUCCAGUUAUGCUAUGGUUUGCAACAGAUAAGAAUGAAUAAAAUGCUGUGGCAACACACACCACGUGAAUACCAGAUUUAUUCAUAAUGUUUUAACUGACACAUGGCAAAAAUAAAUUUAGGUAGUGUAUUUCUUCCUUCUUUUCAGGUACAAGUCUGCGGUCCUGGUACACAAUGAAAUCAUUGUUGCAAAAUACUGAAGCACACUGGUAAAGUACCCAAAACAAAAUGGUGUAGCCUACUGACAAAGUGAAGAUGGACCGCACCAUUGUGAUCUGACACAUGUUCUGGUGAUGUGCUACGGUACUGUAGUGCAGUGAUUUCAGUAUGUAACAGGACUGGGAGGAUAUACUGCAAACAAACAAUUAUCAUUUUCUGAAAUGAUAAUUAAAUGUUCAUGACUAUCUCCCAAAAAAGGUCAUCAGUCAUGACAGAGCCUUUGUCACUUGUUUCUUUACAUCACAUUGUUUCAGGCUUCAAGGUUCAUGACAAAGUUUUGCUGGACUGAAAGUCUGAAUUCAGUUAACACUAUAAGGCAGUGUAAAAAUGUCAUCAAUACAAUACAGUCAACUUGCCUAUCAACUUUGAACAUAUACACAUAAUUUGUGAAUUGGUUUGUAAGAUAUUUUCUGUCAAUAUCAGAACCAUUGAAAUACUUAUUGUUCAUUGUAUCAUGCAUAUGUAUAUCAACUAUUUUGUUUCAUUGUUCCUCGUCCUUCAGCUUCCUUCUUACAGUAUCCCUACAAAGUCACAAUCACAGAUCUAAACAGAACAUUACAGUACUACUGAUAAGAUAGUUGUCUUAUUGUAUUGAUGAAAGAACAUAUUUAUCCAUGCAGAACAUACUAUACCAACUAUAAAUUUGACUUUUUAGGAAUAUGCAUUUAUGAGUGGAUUGUACUUGUUUUAUGUUGCAGAAAAUACAUACUAAACCAGGAGUCCCACUAUAAGACAAACUGUUUAAAUGUACAAUAAAGUAUUUCAAAAGCCAUACAGUUUGCAUUCACCACAGUGAAUGUAUGUUUCAACGUGAAUUACAUUUUUCAUUGAGCACAGCACUACAAAGGCAAACACACAAUAAAAGAAAGGAAAGUAAAGGACACAAUUUUUGUGAUUGUGUUAAUGUACACACUUCAUUAAGUUGGUGUCAUCUGGGCAUUCACAAGUCAGUUUGGUGGUGGAACAAGAACUGAUAAGGAUAAUUUUGGGUGACUUAAGCCCACAAUGUGGAAGUACAUCAGCAUUAAUCUUUUCUUCCCUUGUGGCAGUAGAAUGCAGUACUUACUUUUAAAACUAUAUGAAAGCUAAUGGAACCUAAAGUAAACUACAGUAUAGCAGAAAACUGUUAUGUUUUUAUGAUUGUAUUUUAAUGACUAUGUCAUAUUGUAUAUUCCUUCUUCUUCCUGUUUCAACAUACACUCCAGCAAUGGAUGCAAAAUAUUGUAACAUUUCUACGCAUGAUGUAGAACAUGUUAUCCAGUAUUUUCACCCGCACCUAUGUAUUAUAAUCGCACAACCAUCACAUUGCUGUAAUAUGUACAUAGUAGCAACCUCUUUCAUCUUAUGGAAGUAAUCAACAAGUUUAAAUAUUGACUGAAGUCAUUUCAUUCAUAAGUCAAAUGCUUUUCUGUUUUAUGUAUGAGUAAAAUAGAGAAGGACCACUUAAUCAAACUGUAACCAAAUAACUAUGGCUUAAGACUAAUGUAAAUAUGUUUCAUCUGAAGGAAAUUGAAACUUCCUAUAUUGCUCACUUUUUAAAAUUACAUUAACUUGGAACCUCACUUAGCCAUUAAAAGUUUUUUUGUUAUAUGUAAUGAAUUAUAAUUUUUUAUUUAGUAAUUACUUUUUCUUUGAAAUUUGUUCUUUCUUGAACAUUGUGAAAUAGCCAGUGAAGCUUAGAAACAAAUUCUCAAAUUUUUAAAAGUUUUUAAUAAGGAUAUUGUAGCUUUUACUCUUUCCACAUUCUUUCAAUAAUAUAUAAGUAGUUGUAUGAAAAUUUGAAGAGAUACUUCUUUGACUCAUGUCAUACCAAGCACCUAUGAUCCCUUAUGAACCUCUCUCAUAUUAAAAAAAAAAAAUAUAUCAGCUGAACAGUCAUCCUGUGUGUCACAAAUUGCAGAUCAUUUUGACCCAAAAUAUACUGUGGCAAAAGAAAACUUCAAAAACAUUUUAC